AUGCAGUGGAAUACUCGAAUAUACAAACAGCGGAGGAUAAAAUGCAGCAUACUCUCAUUUUAUCCCCAGUUUCGCUUUUUUACGUUUCUAUAUAUAUAUACAAAUUUCUUUUUGCUUUUAUUUUACCUCGUUUGCUCCACUACAUCUUUCGAUCGUGUACAUUUUUAUUUAGUCGUUUUCUUCAGCAUUUCUUUUCCGUCUCAGAUCUCCCGUUUACACUGUACUGGUAACUGGGAAAUUAAAGUAAACCAACAAGAAAACAUCAUACCUCACAAGGGAACUAAAUUGCCAAAGAAAAAUACGGUACACGGAAAAAAAUAUCCUGGAAAA